AUGAUCACGCUUCUACGACCCCGGCCACAUGUCUUUCGGCAUGUGCGAUCCUCGCUCUUGGCGACGCACGUGCGGCACAACUCGACUCGCGAGGUCUGCAACGGCGAGCUGAUCUACGAGGAGCGCGGCGGCGCGCGCAUCUUCACGCUGAACCGACCGAAGCAGCUGAACGCGAUCAGCGGGGAGAUGUUCCACUCUCUCAUCGACACCAUUGGAGACCCCUCAGUCAAGGUCGUGCUCGGACAGGGUGUCGGCCGCGCGUUCGCUUCGGGUGGUGACAUCAAGUCUGUCGUGCACUACAUCUCGUCGACCAAGGACUCGGAGAGGAAGAUUGGGGAGAGCUUCCUCUGCGCUUCGCUCACAGCUAAUUGGGAGGCCGCACAUCUCGAGGUGCCUUACGUCUCGUUCAUGGACGGCAUCACCAUGGGCGGUGGCGCCGGUCUCAGCCUCCCCGCGAACAUCCGCAUCGCGACUCCGCGGACACAGUUUGCCAUGCCCGAGUGCAAGAUCGGCUACUGUCCCGAUGUCGCCAGCAGCUACUGGCUGAUGCAGCUGGACGGAUACAUCGGUGCUUGGAUGGCAGUCACUUCUGCGGACAUCUUUGGACGCAUGGCCUACGAGCUCGGCAUCUGCACGCACUACGUAUCCGAGGAGUCGGUCCCGGAGAUCGAGGACCGCAUCGCCUCCCUCUCAUCUCCUACUCCUGCGGAGAUCUCGGCGCUUGUGUCCGAGUACCACCUCGAGGGUAACGGCGAACCGUCGUCGAAGGCGAACCGCGGUGGCCGCAGCACUCUUACGCCCGCGAUCAGGCGCUACCUCGACAACGUGUUCAGUCUGCCCUCCAUUGCUCAAAUUUACGACACGCUCGGCUUGACAUCUGGUCUCGAGCCCGAGGUCGCCGAGUGGGCGCUGCAGCAGCGCGCCGCAAUGUCCGAGCGCGGUCCGACGGGUAUGGCCGUCGCGCUCGCCAACUACCAGGACGCGCUCAAGGCCAAGUCGCUGUACGAGAGCGUUCACCGGGACACGCUUCUUGCGGCCUCAUUUGCCGGCCCGCACAGGAGGACAAACGACCUCGUCAUCGGGUGUAACCACAGCUUGAUCGAGAAGAAGCCGCCGCCUAUCCCCUUUGACCCGUCGAUCGACCGGAUCCGCGAACUCGACCCCGACAUUGUGCGCGAGAAGUUCUGCAGUCACAACCCGGACGCGAUCCAGCUGCCCCUCGUGCCCAAGCCUGAGGGCGCGAAUACGACGUGGGGCGAGUUCAGGCGGUGGGGUGUGCCGUCUGAAGAGGCCGUGAGGGCUGCCAUGCACCAUGGCCUGAAGGGAGAGGACCUCGACAAUGAGCUCGUGAAGGAGGACAGCAAGCGUACCCCCGAGCUGAAGCAGGCGGUGCGCGAUAUUGAGCAGUAUGUCGAUGGUACAAACCAGUAG